AUGUUUGUUUCAAUUAAAUAUAAUCCUGAAAAAUUUAAAUCCCUACAUUCAUCAAGGAAUACUCCUAAUACUGGUAGAACAACUAGACGAUCAUCUAUUCCUGAUUAUACCAAUACUACCAUAACCCUAUCAACCAAUAAUAGUAAUGAUGAUAACAAUACAUUUAUUUCGUUACCACUGUCACCAAGUAAAAUUGUCAAAUUCAAAUAUAAUAGUCAAAGAUUUUUAAAUUCCCAUUCAUCUUUCACUACUGGAAUGUCAAAUAUUAAAAUUCCAGAAUUUAAAUCAGAUACAAAUAUUCAAUCAAUGAAUUAUAAUUCAUCAACUACAGAAAUCAAAUCAUCAAAUAAUCCAAAUACAAACAUAUAUAACCAGUACGAUAAUACUAACGAUAAUGAUGAUGAUGAUGAUGAUGAUAAUGAUGUUGAUGGUGAUGUUGAUGUUGAUGUUGAUGUUGAUGAGAUGAGAGAAUUAACACCAAUAUAUCAAACCAUUGAUGAUCUUAAAUCAAGUCCAAGAACUGUCACAACUACAACUACAACUAAACCUAAACCUAAACCUAAACCUAAACCUAAAACUAAAACUAAAACAAGAACAAGAACCCCAUCAGUGAAUUCAACACCUUCACAAACUCCAAUUUGUACACCAACUCCAACAUCAACUUCAAGUAAUUAUACAAGAACAACCAUACCAGUAUCAAAACAACUUUCUCGAAUGACAAAUGAAAUGAAACAAUUGAUAAAUUCAAUGAAGAAAUAUAAUGAAGGUUAUAUUAUUCCUACUACUUGUUCAACCAUUGGUAAUUCUAAUACAGAAAAAUUUUUCAAUGGAACUCAAAUACAUGAUAAUCAAAGUGAAUCAAACAAUGGUACUAAUGGUACUAAUGGUGGUGGUAGUACUAAUGGUGGUGUUAAUACAAUUAAGCAUAAUUUGGAGAUUGAAAAUCAAUGGUAUAAAAAUAUGUAUAUUGUGAGUGAUCGAUUGAAUUUUAUGAAAGAAGUUUACAAAGCAGUUAAUAAAUUAAAAGAUAAAAAAAUAGCUGCAGAGGCAGAAGCUGCAGUAGCUGCAGUAGCUUCAGUUGCUUCUACAACUGAAACCAUUGCUGGUGAUAAUACUACUGCUACUUCUACUACUACUGCUGCUACUACGGUAGAUACAACUAUAACUACCGAUAUUACAACGCCCAUAGGUCACAAUAAUAAUACAAAUAACAAUGAUCAUGAUCAUGAUCAUGAUAAAGAAUUGAAAAUGAAAGAGAAAAUAAAAUUGAUGAUGAUGAUGGGGAGUAGUAGUCCAAUAAAGAAUGAUAAAGAAGAAUAUAAUGACAAUAAUAAUAAUAAUGAAAAUGAAAAUCUGAGUCCUGUAAAACUGUCAGGAUUAGAUAAUAAUGAUAGUUUUGGGAAAAAUUUUAACGAUGAUGAUGAAGAGGAUGAGGAUGAGGAUGAAGAAGACAAUGAAGAUGAUGGCGAUGGCGAUGGUGAUGAAAGUGAAGAUAGAAUUGGGUUGAAUGGUAGUAAUGGUAGUAUUAAUGGUCGUCGUCAUAAACGUCGACAUCGAUCUAAUGGUGAGAGUAGUAAUGGUGACAUUGUUGAUAUCAAGAAUCUGUAA